UACUUCGUACAAUUUUACAUUGCACUCGUUAGAAAAACAUUGUAAAAAUAACAUAAUUUUUUUGUCUUUUUAAUGUUAAGAUCCAACACAAUGCUUAAAGCAUGCAUUUAAAAAAGAAGGGUCCAAUAUAGAAAAUGAAAGUAAUUAGAGCUAGGAUGAUGAAUUGUUGAAAUAUUCAAUUCAACCACCAUAAAAGAAGGACAAAGAUCUCUGAUUGGCAGCAACAUUCCACGUGUCAGAAGCCCACAAGCUCUCCCAUUUGCAGAAAUUCUGUGCAGAAUUGUGACAAUGGAAUAGACAAGGUGAUCAAACUAACCCAGAAAAUUUCUGGGUGCAUUUUGAUUGGUUUCUUGGAAAAUCUGGAGGAUUCUCUUACCUGAAAAUUAAAAGUUAUUUUUGGGUAUCCUUUAUGAAUCAGUAAUGGGAAAACCAACCGCCCCUUUUGAAGGGGUUGCCAGAGAUUUUAAAGGAAGAUUACCUUUCUACAGACAUGAUUGGCUUGGAGAAACCAGUGUCAAGAUAUUGGCUCCAACAACUUGUAUAUUUUUUGCUUCUGCUCUUCCUGUAAUUGCAUUUGGAGCGCAAUUAAGUAGGGAUACAGAUGGAAGUUUAAGCACAGUUGAGACACUUGUUUCCACGGCUAUUUGUGGCAUCAUCCACUCUAUAUUUGGAGGGCAGCCGCUACUGAUUUUAGGUGUGGCGGAACCCACGAUAAUCAUGUACACUUACUUGUACAGCAUAUCCAAAAAAUAUGACAAAGUAGGGAAGGAGCUUUUCUUAGCCUGGGCAGCAUGGGUAUGCCUUUGGACAGCGCUUUUCCUGUUCCUUCUUGCAAUAUUCAAUGCUUGCAAUCUUAUUAGUAGAUUCACAAGGCUAGCCGGGGAGCUCUUUGGCAUGUUGAUUUCUGUUCUUUUUAUGCAGCAGGCUAUUAAGGGUUUGAUUGAUGAAUUUCAUGCUCCACGUGGGAGAGAACAUAAAGAACAUGCGGAUGAUUUCCAGAUGAUUUAUAUGAAUGGCUUGCUUGCUCUUCUCUUUUCCUUUGGGGUACUCUUUACUUCUUUAAGAAGCGUAAAAGCAAGAUCAUGGAUAUUUGGCACUGGAUGGUUUCGGAGCUUUAUAGCAGAUUAUGGGGUUCCCUUGAUGAUCGUGGUUUGGACAGCAUUGUCAUAUGCUGUCCCUAGCAGACUAUCUUCCGAUAUUCCAAGGCGGCUUGAUAUUCCAUCCCCUUGGGACUCUACCUCACAAUCCCAUUGGACAGUAUCCAGGGAUAUGUCAAAGGUUCCCAUUUUAUACAUCCUUGCAGCUUCUAUACCUGCAGUGAUGAUUGCAGGACUUUAUUUCUUUGAUCACAGUGUCGCAUCUCAGAUGGCUCAGCAGCAGGAGUUCAACCUUAAGAAACCUUCUGCUUUCCACUACGAUCUUUUCUUACUUGGAUUUACGACUUUGAUCUGUGGUUUGCUAGGACUCCCUCCGUGUAAUGGAGUCUUACCGCAAGCUCCUAUGCACACUAAGAGCCUUGCUGUUCUAAGGAGGCAGUUGAUCCGGAAGAAGAUGAUAGCCAAAGCUAAAGAAUGCAUACAACAGGAUACUAGCAACAUGGAACUGUAUCAGAAACUGAAAGAUGCCUUUUUGGAGACAGAACCUGCCCCUAAUGAAGCAGCUAUAUCGAGAGAACUAGUAGGAUUAAAAGAGGCUGUGAUGAGUCAGAAUGGGUAUGUGAAGAAAAUAGAUCCAGCUAAACACAUUGAUGCUCACUUACCCAUCAGGGUUUGUGAACAGAGAUGGAGCAACCUGUUUCAGUCCCUACUUGUUGGGUUUGCGGUUGGGGCAAUUCCCAUAAUAAAAAAGAUACCUACAUCAGUUCUAUGGGGAUACUUUGCAUUCAUGUCUCUAGAUAGCCUUCCUGGAAAUCAGUUCUGGGAAAGGUUGCCAUUGCUACUUGUCACCCCAAGUCGUAGGUACAAAGUGUUUGAAGGAAACCAUGCUUCAUUUGUGGAGUCAGUGCCAUUCAAGUAUAUCAUGACAUUUACAGGACUCCAAUUAGUGUACUUCCUAUUUUGCUUUGGAGUAACAUGGAUACCAAUAGUAGGGAUUCUGUUUCCAUUGCCAUUCAUCUUCCUAAUACCUAUCAGAGAAUACUUGCUUCCCAAGGUGUUUCCAUCUGAGUAUCUUCAUGAACUGGAUGCUGCUGAGUACGAAGAAGUCAUUGGUGCACCUCGGAUGUCCAUCAACUCAGGAGAUAAACGAUCCAUAUCCAUAAAUGAUUGUUUAGCUGAAUAUCAAGAAAUGGUUCUCUCUCCAAUGACCAACAUACCAGAAAGGGAACCAGAACCAGAACCAGAACCAAUUGAUAUAAGCGAUGAUGGUGACAGAACACUGUAUGACGGGGAAAUAUUUGAUGCCAUGACAACUCGAAGAGGCGAGCUAAAGCAUAGAAGUAUGAGUUCUCAUAGAUUUCAGGUAUGACCAGAAGAUGAAACUUGAGGAUGCCAAGAAUUUUUGCUGGUAACGUAAGUGACAGGCAGGUGCUACACCCCCAACAUUUUGAUGAUUUUCUUUUACUACGUUAUGGACAGAGCUUAGCUUAUACACAGAAAACUAUAAAUUUGUUUACAAUGGUUACUUCCUGUUAGUAUUUACCAGAACAUUUUCAGGCUCGUCACAAGUGGAAUCAAAAUAGAACCAUAACAAAUAAAUGGAGACCACAAACAAACAAGUGAAAUACUGUUGAUAUUUGAACUUGUAUUUUACAUUUCCAGAACUAUCACACUAUACAUUAUACAAGAAUUGAAGUCUUUGGAGGAUUAAUGUAAAUACCCUUCCAAAGAUGAUAGACUUAUGUAAAUACCCUUCCGGAGAAUAACAAGAAUGAAAAU